AUGUCGAUCUGUACUUAUAACGCACGUACGCUUGCAUCGGAAGCGGCCAUCGAAGAUCUGAUGAUGCAAGCCAAGAAGAUCAAGUACGACGUCAUCGGACUGACCGAGACGAGACGACGUCACCCUCUCAACGCCGUAUAUGAAACUGGAGAAGAACUGUUCUUAGGAACAUGCGACAGUAGAGGUGUUGGUGGAGUUGGCGUCCUCGUCAACACGAGUAUGGCAAAGAACAUCGACUCUUUUGAACAACUUACGACCCGAAUCGGACGUCUGCGGAUGAGAAGAUGUGGCCCAAUACCAGCUUUGACUAUCUUCGUCGUUUACGCUCCAACAUCAAGCUACGAAGAAGAAGAAGUCGAAGCUUUCUAUAUGGACCUGGAGAAGUUCUACCAAGAAGAUCAUGCCUUCUACAAGGUCAUAGUUGGCGAUUUCAACGCUAAGGUUGGCCCAAGAAGAACGCCGGAGGAACUUCACAUCGGGACCCACGGCCUACAAUGGAAUGACCAGGGAGAGAGGCUCGCCGAGUUCAUCAUGACGACUAAGACCAUCCAUGGGAACUCGCAAUUUCAGAAGCCCUCUUCUUUACGCUGGACGUGGGAGUCACCCGGUGGAGGGUACCGUAAUGAAAUAGACCACAUCAUCGUCAAUAAAAGGUUCUGCCUGACGGACGUCGGUGUUGUACCAAAGUUCUAUACGGGAUCGGACCAUCGCCUCCUCCGAGGAAGAUUUUCCUUCACAAGGAGAGCAGAGAAAGCCGCCAAGUUCAGAGAGAGAAAUCCCAGGACUACCAUCAGCUGGGAUCUCUUCGCUACGCUGGCCGGCUUUUGGGAAGAUUCUGCAAUGGACAACAUCGACGAGGAAUAUGACCGGCUUGUCGAACACCUUCACGACUGCGCGAAGAAGGCUGAGAGUUUUAAAACCACCAGGAGGCGCCUGUCUCUUGAAACUCUUAAGCUGAUACGCCAGCGUGGAGCAGCACGAGCCGCAGGGAACCAAGAACUCACGUCCGAGCUCGCAAGGCUUUGCCGAGAGGCGAUAAAGGAAGACCUUAAAGAGAGAAGAGCAGAAGUGCUGGCUGAAGCUGCAGAGGCGGGGAAAAGCAUCCGCUAUGCCCGUCGAGACUUCGCCAGUCGCAAGACGAGGAUGACUGCUCUCCGGAACCCAAAGGGAACAGCCAUUGCAUCGAGAAGGGGGAUAGAGAAAAUCAUCUACGACUUCUACUCUGAUCUCUUCGACAGCUAUGUCCACUUGCCUCCUCACCAUCUGAGGGAAGAUGGACAAGUCAUUCCAGAGGUUCUCCCGUCCGAAAUACGACAUGCUAUCAUGUCGGUAAGAAAUCGUACGGCACCCGGUCCCGACAGAAUAAGACCAGAACACCUGAAGAGCCUUCCGCCAGUACUCAUCAACACCCUGGCGAGGCUCUUUACACGUUAUCUGUCGGAAUGCAAGGUUCCUAAACAGUGGAAGACCAGCAAGACCGUGCUGUUGUAUAAAAAGGGAGAUCCACAUGACAUCGGCAACUAUCGCCCAAUCUGCCUACUGUCCGUCAUCUACAAGCUCUUUACAAGAGUAAUCCUUAAUAGGAUUGAAAAAGUCUUGGAUGAAGGACAGCCAUGCGAGCAAGCAGGGUUUCGAAAAGGAUUCAGCACGAUUGACCACAUUCACACUGUUUCGAAACUCAUCGAGGUAUCACGAGAGUACAAGAUGCCGCUCUGUCUCACCUUCAUCGACUUAAAGAAGGCUUUCGACUCGGUUGAGACGGAAGCGGUCGUGGAAGCCUUGGACAACCAAGGCAUCCCUACUCAGUAUAUUAAGGUACUUCGAGAGUUGUACAGUAACUUCACGACCGGAAUUUCGCCAUUCUACAAGAACAUCAUCAUUGACGUGAAGAGGGGGGUCCGACAGGGUGAUACAAUUUCACCCAAAAUAUUCACAGCCACCCUCGAGAACCCAAUGCGAAAGUUGGAAUGGGACGACAUGGGAGUGAAGGUUGAUGGUCGGCAGCUACACCAUUUGCGCUUUGCUGAUGACAUCGUACUGGUAACACCUAGCAUCAGCCAAGCGGAACGAAUGCUGACCGAAUUCGACGAAACAUGUGGAUGCAUCGGUCUUCAGCUGAAUCUACAAAAGACGAUGUUCAUGCGGAACGGAUGGGUCUCGGAUGCCCCAUUCACGCUCAACGGAACGAGCAUAUCCGAAUGCACCAGCUACGUUUAUCUGGGUCGGGAACUGAACAUGAUGAACGACCUGACCCCCGAGCUGGGCAGGAGGAGACGAGCGGCUUGGGGAGCGUACAAGAGCAUCGAGGAUGUAGUGAAGAAGACCAGGAACACCCGGCUCCGUGCUCACCUCUUCAACACCACCGUACUUCCUGCUUUGACCUAUGCUUCGGAAACCUGGGCAUUUCGCAAGCAGGAAGAAAACGCGGUGAGCGUCAUUGAACGCGCAAUUGAGAGAGUGAUGCUAGGAGUAUCCCGUUUCACGCAAGUGAGGGACGGGAUUCGAAGUUCCCUCCUACGUCAGCGAUCGAAGAUUAGAGACGCCGCCGCGUUUGUCAAGGAAAGUAAAAUAAGGUGGGCCGGACACGUGAUGCGCUUUGAUGACAACCGUUGGACCAGAGCCGUGAGCGACUGGGUUCCCCGCGAUAUUAAGCGCACUACAGGAAGACCGCCGACCCGAUGGUCAGAUUUCUUCACGAAGUCCUUGAAAGAAAAAUAUGAUGCUCUUCGUGUCCCACGCGAAAGGAGGAACCACUGGGCUACUCUGGCACGCGAUCGGGGCAAAUGGAAGAAUUACUGGCGCCCGCUCGACCAGUUCGAAGAUCAACGGGAGUCAAGGAUGCGUAUCGUACAUCUCCUGGCAAUCUUACUAGUAGUCAUCGUCACGAACGCGUUUCCAGCUGUCCCGGAACAGAAACUCAGUCGAACAAAACGACAGUGGGGUUGGGGACGUCCCCAGCGCCCCGGAUGGGGCUAUGGACAUAGUUAUUGGGGUGGCGGAUGGGGUGGAGGAUUUAGACCCUAUCCUGGUUUGGGUAGUGCUCUGCCUCCAGGAGCGGCUCCAUACGGGAGAUAA